CACUUUCGACAUAUUUGACUAGCACGGAUUAUCGUUACUUAGCAACAUUAGAAAAAAUGGAACACUAUUCCGAAUAAUAUACAUAGUGUAAUCUUCUAUUUAGUAUAAAGCUGACUUUUUUUAAAUUCAUAUUUAUAUAUAUUAUUUCCCCCCACGAAAAUACCACCUGCUACAGUCAUUUAGAUUUGCUUUCACAGAUAACCAGUAAGCUAACAUGUGAGCAGAGCAGUUGUGUUUGUUGUCUUGACAGGUAACGUUGCGCGUCUUAAAAGGUAGCUAGCCCUUAAUUUCCCUGAAGAUAAAGGUUUAGAAUAUAUUCACGUUAUUUACAUUAGUUAUUAACAUUUCCGGCUUUUGCAAACAGGCUAACAUUGAAGCUAAAGUUUAGCAUGUCCUCUGUCAGUCACUGUCACUACAAGCUUCAGUAACGUUAGAACAUCAACAGUACAGCAGAUUUAGUACAACAUGUCUGCGUGUAAAAGGUUGCUUUACUUUGUAAGGCAGCGAAGCUUAUGGACUCAUGUUCGGAGAAAUGUCACAACAUGGUCUCCUGUUGCAGCUGCCUUCAAUGCCAAACCUCACAGGAGACUGAACUUGAUCGAGAAAAACGUGGGUUUGUUUGGAGUACCAGAGCUGAGCUGUCAUGCAGGCUUCCAGGCAGCCACAGAAACAGCUCUCAAGAACACAGAGCGUCUGGUGGGAAAAGCUUGUUCUUGUUCUCCAGGGGUUGAGACAGUCGAGUCUUUUGACCAGCUCUCAGAUGGUUUGUGUAAAGUGGCUGAUCUGGCAGACUUUGUUAAAGUUGCACAUCCAGAUCCAGCGUUUCGCGAGGCUGCAGAGAAGACCUGUAUAGAGAUUGGCACAGUUGUGGAGAAGCUAAACACUAAUGUCAAGCUAUGCAAGAGCCUAAAAAUAUUGCUGGACAACCCAGACAUUGUGGCUCAGCUGGACCCUAAUACAAGAAAAGUGGCCGAGUUGUUCAUGUUUGACUUUGAAAUCAGUGGAAUUCAUCUGGAUGACAAACUGAGAAAAGAGGCAGUCGCCCUUCAUGUGAAGCUGUUGGAUCUUAACAACGAGUUUCUGGUUGGCUCUCACCUACCGAACAGAAUUGCGAGGUCUGCAAUUCCUGAGCAUCUACACAUGCACUUUGCGGAUGAAGGAAGCUUCAUCCAAGUUGGGGGAUUACAUGCAGAUUCCCCCAAUGACUUGGUUCGAGAAAUUGCCUACAGGAUUUACCUUUAUCCAAAUGCAGAUCUGAUGGAUUGUCUGGAAGAGCUGCUAAAAUGCAGAUACAAACUGGCCAAACUGGUGGGCUACGACUCCUAUGGACACAGAGCCCUAAAGGGAACGAUGGCCAAAACACCAGAGACGGUGAUGAGCUUUCUUCAGCUGUUAACAGACAAGCUGUCAGACAGAACAGCCAAAGACUUUAAGAUGAUGAGGAACAUGAAGAAAAAACUCAACCCUCGUAAUUCUGAGCUCAUGCCAUGGGAUCAUCCGUACCUCAGUGGUGUCUUGCGUGCUGAAAGGUACAACAUAGAGCCCAGUCUGUACAGUCCAUAUUUGUCUCUGGGUGCCUGUAUGGAGGGUUUGAACAACCUCUUCUCUCAGCUGUACGGUGUGUCCCUCAUGUCCGAACACCCCAGUGCUGGAGAGGUCUGGAGCGAGGAUGUCCGCAAACUGGCUGUGGUACAUGAGACAGAGGGUUUAUUGGGAUAUAUCUACUGCGACUUUUACCACCGGCAGGAUAAACCUCAACAGGACUGUCACUUCACCAUCCGCGGUGGCCGCUGGUGCCAAGAAACGGGUCAGUACCAGCUUCCAGUUGUGGUGCUAAUGCUGAGUCUGCCCCACCCGACCAAGAGCGCCCCCACCCUGCUCACACCGGGCAUGAUGGAGAACCUCUUCCAUGAAAUGGGACACGCCAUGCACUCCAUGCUGGGACGCACUCGCUACCAGCAUGUGACAGGAACCAGAUGUGCGACUGACUUCGCUGAAGUCCCAUCCAUCCUCAUGGAGUACUUUGCCACUGACUAUAGAGUCCUCAGCCAGUUUGCACGCCAUUAUGAAACUGGACAGCCUCUGCCUGAGAGCAUGGUGGCUCGCCUUUGUGAGUCAAAGAAGGUGUGCGGAGCUGCAGACAUCCAGCUGCAGAUUUUCUAUGCUGUUUUAGACCAGAUCUACCACAGCAAACCUCAGAACCGCUCCACCACAGAAAUCCUGAAGGAGAUGCAGCAGAAAUUCUACGGCUUACCUUAUACGCCCAAUACGGCAUGGCAGCUGAGAUUCAGCCACCUGAUUGGCUACGGGGCCAAGUACUAUUCCUACCUCAUGUCCCGGGCCGUGGCCUCAAUGGUAUGGAAACAGUGCUUCGUACAGGAUCCUUUAAACAGGGACAUGGGUGAGCGUUACCGUCAGGAGAUGCUGGCCCAUGGAGGAGCCAAAGAGCCCAUGCUGAUGGUGGAAGGGAUGCUGAAGAGGCGGCCCACCAUGGAGGACUUUGUGGAUGCGCUGGUGUCUGAGCUCAACCCAAACUUUGAGACCUUCAUCAUGGACUCUGAAAGCUGAAAGAGGCCUCUGGCGCCACGGAAACGGACUUGUGCACUAAAGAAGCACACAGAUGCCUGGCUAAGUGGCAGCCGGGUGCACGCUCAUUCUUACUAAGUAUCUUUACUUUGUAAGUUAAUAGUCAGCGUUUUAUAUAUUGCCGUUGUCCUCUUAAAGUCACAUUGACUUAUUUUGAUGUAUCUGGCUAAUUCUGCUGUCAAUAUAAAGUAAUAUGGUAAGAAUUAAAGAAUUAAAUUGCUACAAACCCUGAAAACUCCCGAUCAUCUCGGAAUAUUGAUUAUUGCAGAUUAUGGUAAACUGUGUAUCACAGACACUUUCCCAAUGCUCUGGACACCCUUGCGUCACCAUUAAUGAUAUUUCAACAGAUUCCGCAGUAGCUUGUGCCAGGUCAGAUCAUAAAACCCUUUUGGGUUUGUACAUGUUAUUUUCACCUUUUUGUAGCACUCAACAUUGUUAAAAAUGAACAGAAAAAUGUACUCUGUAAUGUAAUGUAGCGCUAUACAUUUCAUUAAAAUCACUAUUUCUAUGA